AGGUGGCGUACGAGGUAGGCCAGGGCCGGGAGACAGUAAGUGGCCUCCGAGGGAGCUUCGUCGCUGAGUGGAGAAUCUGAAGUUGCUUUGCUUUACUUUUGUAACUUUGCAAAAUAGGUCAACCCAUUUGCAAAAGCAGUGACGCUUGGUGGAGGCAUCUGUUCUUAAAGCAGCAUUGAAUUUGCUCCAGAGCCCCUGGUUGGGUGAUAGUGGCACCUACCCAAGAGCCACGCAUAAAAGUUACGUUGGAAUUGUGCUUUUUCAUGUUGUAAGCCGCAUCGAGCAUGGUUUGAACCCUGGAAAGAUGGAAUUCAAAUAAAAUUAUGCUUCUAUGUAUGUAUGUACGGUUGUUGAUCACUAUGAGAACCCACGAAAUGUUGGUUCCCUGGAUAAGAAUGCAAAGAAUGUUGGGACUGGCCUUGUGGGAGCACCAGCCUGUGGUGAUGUCAUGAAGCUGCAAGUUGAAGUAGAUGAAAAUGGAAAGAUAACAGAUGCCAGGUUCAAGACGUUUGGCUGCGGGUCAGCAAUCGCUUCGAGUUCCUUGGCUACUGAAUGGGUGAAGGGCAAGACGGUUGAAGAAGCCUUGAAGAUCAAAAACACAGACAUUGCUAAAGAGCUCUGCCUUCCUCCAGUAAAAUUGCACUGCUCCAUGCUGGCAGAAGACGCCAUCAGGGCUGCCUUAGCAGAUUACAAGUUGAAGCAGGGGCCGAAGAGCAGUGAGCCAGGAAAAAAUGCAAGCCUGGCCUAGAAGGAGGUGCUGCGUGUCAGAAAGCCUGGAGGCCUGUCCCGCCACAACCUUGCCAUUCCAACCGUAAUUUAGCAGGGCAAUUACCAGCAAGGAGCCAACAAAUCACCUUAGUGCAUUUUGGAAGCAUGCACAACGUCAGGCUGCAUUGGAACAACCUCAGGGCAGUCGCCUUGAUCAUCUUUGCUACCAGCUUUUCUGUUUUCCUUCCACAUGUGAGAGGAAAGAGAAGAACCUUCUUGUGAUUUCAGUGUGAGAAUUUUGCUAUAAGUAAUCGUUACAGCUUUCAGUGUGUAGGAGGCAAUUGCCUACAUGUUUGGUAUGGCAUGGCCUGCUGUUGCAAGGAGCAGCCCCAUCUCCGCUUCGGGCAAAGCUGCCUGGUACGAGAGAACAGUCAGGGACAUGUAACAGACCCACCACUUUCCUGUAACUCUCCCCACAGGAAGGGAAAUUGAGCAAACUGUAGAUAUCUUUGGGGACAAAAGAGGGUAGAAGUUGCUCUCCUGCUGUUUCUGCAGAUGAGGCAGCAAGAAUCUCCCUUCUCGUUGCCAGCGGCACGUUCUUCCAGCCGGGAGGGAGGGAAUUUACCCCUAACAGCAAUUAAGGCAGAAACAACCAUGUUCUUAUCCUUAUUCCCUAGUUUGGGUUUUAAAGAAAAGGAUUGUGUGAUCAGACAGUUUAUGCACAAGUUUCAGAUUUAUUUUAUGUACAGUGUAUGCUGUAUAGAAAUAUAUAAAGAUAAUAUAUGCUGUGCUCUA